AUGUCAGGAAACAAUAUCAAGGUUGUUUGUCGUUUUCGACCUCAAAACAAACUUGAAAUCAAAGAAGGAGGUGUGCCCAUUAUCGACAUUCAAGAGGAUGGUACUGCAGUAACUUUGAAGGGUACAUCUCAACCACCUUUUUCUUUCGAUAAAGUAUUUGGAAGUAAUACUGCUCAACAAGAAGUAUUUGAAUACUCCAUCAAGUCAAUUGUAGAUGAUGUGGUUGCUGGUUAUAAUGGUACUGUCUUCGCAUAUGGUCAAACUGGUUCAGGAAAAACUUAUACAAUGAUGGGAUCUGAUAUUGAUGAUGCUCAAAAUAAAGGUAUCAUCCCUCGAAUUGUGGAACAAAUCUUUGAAAGCAUCAUGCUUGCUCCUGCCAAUAUGGAAUUUACUGUCAAAACCUCAUAUAUGGAAAUCUAUAUGGAAAAAGUCAAGGAUCUUUUGAACCCAUCUCAGGAUAAUUUACCAAUUCAUGAAGACAAAACAAAAGGUGUUUACGUUAAAGGUCUAUUAGAAGUAUACGUGUCAUCUACGGAAGAAGUUUAUGAAGUUAUGAAAAGUGGUGGCAACAAUCGUGUGGUGGCAUAUACAAAUAUGAAUGCUGAAAGUUCUCGAAGUCAUUCCAUCGUUUUGAUCACUAUUACUCAAAAGAAUUUGGAUACUGGUGCGGCUAAGAGUGGCAAACUUUACCUCGUCGAUUUGGCUGGUUCUGAAAAGGUGGGCAAGACUGGUGCCUCUGGACAAACUUUAGAAGAAGCCAAGAAAAUCAACAAAUCAUUGACUGCUUUGGGUAUGGUUAUCAACUCUCUUACAGAUGGAAAGUCAAGUCAUGUGCCAUAUCGUGAUUCCAAGUUAACUCGUAUUUUACAAGAAUCAUUGGGUGGUAAUUCUCGUACAACUUUGAUUAUCAAUUGUUCUCCAUCAUCUUACAAUGAAGCUGAAACAAUAUCUACUCUUCGAUUCGGUGUGCGAGCCAAGUCUAUCAAGAAUAAAGCAAAGGUCAAUGCAGAUCUUUCUCCUGCAGAACUCAAGGCAUUAUUAAAGAAAUUCAAGGGCGAAACUGUCAGUUAUCAACAAUAUAUUCAAGCUUUGGAAGGCGAAAUUACUAUAUGGCGAUCUGGUGGUUCAGUACCUGAAGCUCAAUGGGCAACGAUGGAUAAAUUAGCAAAGAGCAAUGGAACAGCAUCAUCAUCACCAGCAACAACACCUUCACCUAGAACACCAACACCUUCUGCCUUCAAACCAACAUUACCAGAUGAUUCAAGACCUGUGACACCGGCGCUUGCACUUGAAAAGGAUGAACGAGAAGACUUUUUGCGACGAGAAAAUGAACUCAUGGAUCAAAUAGCUGAAAAGGAAUCCGAACUGGCCAAUCGGGAAAAACACUUGGAAGCUUUACAAGAAGAGCUUGGUUUCUUGAAGGAACAGGAAAAGACAUUGACAACUGAUAAUCAAAGCAUCACUAGUGAACUCAAUGAUGUCAAACUUCAACUACAAAAGGCAUCCUAUGACAGCAAAGAAAGUGCCAUCACUGUGGAUUCUUUGCGUGAAGCUAAUCAAGAAUUGACCCUGGAACUUACUCAGUUAAAGAAAUCGUUGGCCGAAUUACGCAACUUACAAAAGGAAGCUGAUGAUGAAACAAAAUCAAAAAAGAAGGCGGAUAAAAUGGCGGAAAUGAUGGCUUCUUUGGAUCCUUUGGACAAUGAUAUUUCUGCCAAAGAACAACAAAUGAAAAACGCUUUGGACAAGUUGAAUCCUGAGUCUGCCAUCAAUCUGAGCGAAGAAGCAUUACAACAAUUGAAACAACAAUUACAGCAAUAUAAGACUCAAGCUACUCAACAAGAAUUAGUUAUUAAAAAUCUUCACAAUGACAAAGAAGCCUUGUUGACAAAGCGUACUGAUCUGGAAACCAAACUCAGUGCCUUGGAAGUGGAAUAUGAAGAACUUUUGGAAAAAGAAAUUGCUGACGAAGAGAGGGCUAUGGAAAGUAAUGCUGAUUUGACUGAUACCAUUUCGGAACUCAAGACCAAACUGGAAAACACAUAUGUUGCCAAAAAGGAAAUGCAACAAAAAGAAAUCGAAGAAUUGCGAAAAGAAUUGGAUCGAAAAGAUGAAGAAUAUAAGGCUCUUGAUGCUGUUAUGGUAGAACUCAAGAUUUCCAAUGAAAAUCUACAAUCUGCACUUGAUUCUCAACCCAAAACUAUGGAUGCCGUUAGUGAUAAGGAAAAGGAUGUUGAAAAGAUGCGCAAAUCGAUGGCUGAACAAUUGGCUUACUUUGAAGUGAUGAAGAAAGGAUUGAUGCGCGACUUGCAAUCUCGAUGCGAAAAAGUGGUUGAACUGGAAAUCUCUUUAGAAGAAACUCGAGAACAGUACAAUCAUGUUUUGAAAGCAAGCAAUAACAAGGCACAACAAAAGAAGAUGGCCUUUUUGGAACGUAAUUUGGAGCAAUUGACAAAUGUUCAAAAACAGGUAAUUAAUAAUAAAUAA